GCCAGAAGGUCACGGUGGGACCUGCACAGGGUUAAAUCCUCCAGUCCAGCACUCCCCAGGCCUCUUGACCCAGUCUUCCCAGCAGAACGUUGGACCAAGAUCAACCAUGACGACUUAUAGCAACAAAGGAGCAAAGCCCGAGAGAGGCCGAUUCCUCCACUUCCACUCUGUGACUUUCUGGGUCGGCAACGCCAAGCAGGCCGCGGCCUUCUACUGCAGCAAGAUGGGCUUCGAACCUCUAGCCUACAGGGGCCUGGAGACGGGUUCCCGGGAGGUUGUCAGCCACGUGAUCAAACAAGGGCAGGUUGUGUUUGUCCUCUCCUCAGCACUCAACCCCUGGAACAAAGAGAUGGGCGAUCACCUGGUGAAACACGGAGACGGAGUGAAGGACAUUGCGUUCGAGGUGGAGGACUGCGACUACAUCGUGCAGAAAGCCCGGGAACGGGGGGCCAAAAUUGUGCGGGAGCCCUGGGUGGAGCAGGACAAGUUUGGGAAGGUGAAGUUUGCUGUGCUGCAGACGUAUGGUGACACCACCCACACCCUGGUGGAGAAGAUGAACUACACCGGCCGGUUCCUGCCUGGAUUUGAGGCCCCAGCACUUAAGGACCGGCUACUUUCUAAGCUGCCCAACUGCAGUCUCGAGAUGAUCGAUCACAUCGUGGGGAACCAGCCCGACCAGGAGAUGGUGCCUGCCUCGGAAUGGUACCUGAAAAACCUGCAGUUCCACCGUUUCUGGUCUGUGGAUGACACGCAGGUGCACACGGAAUACAGCUCUCUGCGUUCUAUCGUGGUGACCAACUAUGAGGAAUCCAUCAAGAUGCCCAUUAAUGAGCCAGCACCCGGCAGGAAGAAGUCCCAGAUCCAGGAAUACGUGGACUACAAUGGAGGUGCCGGGGUCCAGCACAUCGCUCUCAAGACCCAAGACAUCAUCACGGCGAUCCGCCACUUGCGAGAGAGAGGCAUGGAGUUCCUGGCUGUUCCUUCAACAUACUACACACAGCUGCGGGAGAAGCUCAAGACGGCCAAGAUCCGGGUGAAGGAGAGCAUCGACGUCCUGGAGGAGCUGAAAAUCCUGGUGGACUACGACGAGAAAGGCUACCUCCUGCAGAUCUUCACCAAGCCCGUGCAGGACCGGCCCACGCUCUUCCUGGAAGUCAUCCAGCGCCACAACCACCAGGGUUUUGGAGCCGGCAACUUCAACUCACUGUUCAAGGCUUUCGAGGAGGAGCAGGAUCUGCGAGGCAACCUCACCGACUUGGAGACUAACGGGGUGGUGCCCGACGUGUAGGCCCCGCCCUUAACGUAGGGCCCGCCCACCACCUUUGACCCAUUGAGGUCCCGCCCCCUGUUUCUGGAACACGCCCACCUCCCAGCCCCUGAACAUCAGACGCUCUCCCCAUUGGCCACUCCCUCUAGACCCCGCCCACCAGCCUACUCUAGGACACCCAGGCCCCGCCCACCUCCUGACCACGCCCCCUCACUCGGGCCACUCUCUGCUCCCGCCCUCCUGAGUAAAGCGGACCUGGUCCAGUG